AAAUACUUUCUAAUGUAGAAUUUUGAGUUACCACAUUCUAAAUUACUUUGGUACAUUCAAGAAAUGUAUAAAUAACAUUUGAUUGAUGAUCAUGAAAAACAAUAGUUGAAAGGUACAAAACCAAUCAAAUUUUGAUAGAAAAAGUUAUAAUUGAGCAAGUGGACAUUUUUCAAUAUCUUGAAUAAUACGAACAAAAAAAGGAUGAUGAAAUGCUCUCAUAAUAACUAAUCUAAUUAGUAAGAUAAAAAGAUUUAGGAGAAUUAUUUGGAUUAAAUAUCAGGAAGAAUCCUUAUCGUAUAAAAUAUUAAUAUAAAAUAGAAGAUAAUUCUGAAUAUGAAUUCCCUGGUCGGAUACAACGAUCUCCAAAUUCUGGUCCUAAAUCAAGACAGUCUGAAGACCUUUUACCACCUGAGUUUUGACAAUUAGACA